CGCGCCCACUGGCUGCGGGGACGAGCGUGUCCGAGAGCUGGCUCCGAGGUCGGACUGCCGGGACCCACUCUGGUCCUCCAGCGGGGUCGAGACUGCGCGCAAGACCGUAACAUCCAAUAAAAAAUACAAAAAUGGACUGCGUUGAAAGCCAGCGGGAGUUUGCGUGUGCGCGCGUGGGUGCGCGUGUGCACCGGCGCUUAAUUGCAGUUUUUCCGCGCGCAUUCCGGCUGUGAAGCGCAGUGGGAGAUUAGGAAGGUGCAGCUCGUCUGUCUGCGUGGAUUCCUCCUUUCUCGUGGACAGUUUCUCACCGCUUCUGCGAGACUGAGACGUCCCGCUCCGGUCGCCGCAAGCCGGACUACUGAAGGCGCGCACCCGCUGCGCCAGCCAAUUUACACCUGGGCGGACUGCGGCACUCAGGUCAACUUGCGGACGUUGACGCCCCCUCGCCUACGAAGCAGUAGGAGACGAGGAGUCAGAAGCCUAUGAAGCAGUAGGAGACGAGGAGUCAGAAGCCUAUGAAGCAGUAGGAGACGAGGAGUCAGAAGCCUAUGAAGCAGUAGGAGACGAGGAGUCAGAAGCCUAUGAAGCAGUAGGAGACGAGGAGUCAGAAGCCUAUGAAGCAGUAGGAGACGAGGAGUCAGAGGUGCAUCAUGGGUACCGUACUCUCGCUGUCACCCAAGUCCGGCUACUACGACAACCGCCUGGGCUCCCUGAGCCGCUACCCCAGCCUCAGCAGCCGCUCGCUAAACAGCCAGAAGGAGCACGGCGGCGGACUGAAGAGGGGACAGUCCAUAUUCCUGCCCGCGCUCACCUGGAAGCGACUGGUGGCCGCCACCAGGAAGAAGGGCGGCGCAAAGAAGGGCUCCAAUGUGGAGCCUCUCAACAACAACAACCACAUAAACAUUUACCAAAAGGACCUCAACCGGGAGAAUGUGAGGAAGUCCCUGUCCUGUGCCAACCUGUCCAACUACGAGGUCCCGGCGGGUCUUGGCUACGGUCUGGGACUGGGCCACGGGUACGGCUACAUGAAACCCCAGCAGCUGUCGGUGAAGAAAGCCCCCCAGGGGACGCUGACCACGUCCCCGAAGCGCGUCAUCGUCCAGGCGUCCACCAGCGAGCUGCUCCGGUGCCUGGGCGAGUUCCUGUGCUGCCGCUGCUACCGCCUCAAGCGCCUGUCCCCCGCCGACCCGGUCCUCUGGCUGCGGGCGGUGGACCGCUCGCUGCUGCUGCAGGGCUGGCAGGACCAGGCCUUCGUCACGCCCGCCAACGUGGUCUUCGUCUACAUGCUGUGUCGGGACGUGGUGGACGGCGACCUGGUGGCGUCGGAACACGAGCUCCAGGCCAUCCUGCUCACCUGCCUCUACCUGUCCUACUCCUACAUGGGCAACGAGAUCUCCUACCCCCUGAAGCCCUUCCUGGUGGAGGCGGGGAAGGAGGCCUUCUGGGACCGCUGCCUCGCCAUCAUCAACGCCACCAGCUCCAAAAUGCUGCGCAUCAACGCCGACCCGCACUUCUUCACGCAGGUGUUCGCCGAACUCAAACGCGAGGGGGGCUACAGCAGAGUCCUGGACCGGUGAGAGGAACUCCAUCAGGAGCGGCCACAACCACGCCGGAUCGGACUUUUUACGAGCUGAGGGUCGCGUUUACUUGAAAUGUAGCCGCCAUUUGCCGCACCUGUCCAAUCAGAGCUCGCACGGCGUGUGUCCGCCCUCCGGCUGUGUCAGCUGCUGCCGCACGAGCCCGGAGGGGAAGCCGUCCACCCAAUCCAGUCACGGAUUCCCAAAAUGGAUUUUCAUCAGACUGCAGAAAAACAAUAAACAAAAAAACGUGGUAAAGACGGUUUAAUCCGCCUAAAUUCGUUUUUUUUUCUCUCCA